AUGCUUUUACUUGCACAACGACUUCUCCUGGGGAUCUCCUUUCCAGGUAUUGUUAUCGCCCAACAGGCCCAGGCAAAAUGCGCUUCUGGCGGCCAAACUGGCGCUGCAGCGUAUAGUGAUUGUUGCCCUGGGGUUGGUAAUUCACCUGUGACCUUUGGUAAAAAACAAUACCAGGUAGUGUGCGAUAAGGAGAUCAAGUUUGCGGCAACGAGGCAACCGAAUCCGCUCAGUUGCGCCCAAGCCUGCAACCUCGAUCCCAACUGUGUGACAGCAUAUUGGAUGGACACAGUUGGAGGAAUAUGUACCCUUUAUGUCACUUCAAAUCCAGCAGUCGCCGGUACAAAGACAAUGGCUUUAAUCCCACUCCAUGAAGACGAGAAUGAAUGCAACAAAAAGAUUACAGAUGCAGUCAAGCAAUGCCAGAAGGACAAAGAUACCGAAUGCAAUCGCAAGAUCAAGCAGUGCCAGCAGGACAAGGAUACGGAAUGCAAUCGCAAGAUCAAGCAGUGCCAGCAGGACAAGGAUACCGAAUGCAAUCGCAUGAUCAAGCAGUGCCAGCAGGAUAAAGACACCGAAUGUAAUCGCAAGAUCAAGCAGUGCCAGCAGGAUAAAGACACCGAGUGCAAUCGCAAAAUUAAUGAUGCAAAGAGGAAGGAGUGUCAGAGAUGUCGCAAAACAUGCCCCAAAUGUCCCAAGUGCCCGAAACCCCCCAAAACGGAGAAGCCCAAGGCUCCGAUUAUUCCUGGUUGUGGUGCUGGAACCGUGCAUGGUCCAUAUCCAGGAGGGCAUUACUAUGCAUCAUAUGUAGGAUGCACUGGUGGAGGAAACCCGAGCGGUGCUUUACGGAUUUCUUCCAAUCAGCAACAAAUGGACGUCUGUGUCCAAAUGUGUUUGAGGAACCCUAGCUGCGUCCUGGCCAUCAGAGAACAUGCUCGGAGUACAGGGAUGGCCUCCCGUUGCUCCAUGAAGAGCACCAGGGCUGCUACAUUUGCUAAGAGUGACAAUGACUUGAUUUUAAAGAUUAAGUAGAAAAUUGAGUGAAAUCGUGAC